AUGAGUGAAUCUAGAUUCCUGACUGAGUUGCUCCCGGAACUUGCACUCCAUUAUCGCCGCGAAGCUCUCAAGGAACCCGAAGAGAAGUGCCCGUGGCUUAAGCCUUUUCGAUCCGCACAACCGGACUUGAACGAGGCGCGGGACCACUUUUUCAAGGAUGGCAGUGACUGCAUUAAUGACUUGGAGAAGCACACGGAGCUCGUCCGGCUGGCGGCUGCCAACGAGGAGCUCACAGAUGAAUUUGGGCUCCUAUACAUCAUCUUCAUGGCGGAGCUCUACAAGGACGUUGAAAGCCUAACUGGUCUCAAAGACUCCGGACCUGAAGUUUACUACGAUGCCAGCGCUGUAGGAGCCCAUGAAAUUGAAAGAAAAAGGAACGUGAUCAGGGAGCGAAGCAAGUUAGGCAGCUUGGUCGAUUCCUUUUUGGAUGCAGGAAAAGAGAUGCACGUUAAACAUCUUGCCCGAGACCUUGGCUAUAUAUAA